ACAGUUUUUAAACUCUAAAGCUACGAAUAGGGUUCUUUUUCCGAAAAUUAAAGUUGGCAGUUCUCAGUAAUGGCGGAAACUGAACCUGUAACCAACGAAGCCCUAGGAAUGGCCGAGAAGGAAGAAACCUCCGUUCAGAAAAUGGACGUUGAAGUUCCAGCCACCGAUGAUGCUAACGGCGGCUCGAAGCGUCCAAGGGAGGAGGGAGACAAGCCGGAGGAUGAAGAGAAUGGAGACGAUACGAAGAAACCAAGAGUCGACCAGUCUGCGGAAGAGGAAAAGAAAGAUGUGUCUAUCCCGGUUAGCGUGGGGUCUAAGAGUUUCGUUUCCUCCGUGGAGAUGUUUGAUUACUUUCACAAACUCCUUCAUUCCUGGUCUGUCAAUCUCAAUCUCAACAAGUAUGAGCACAUGGUGUUGCUUGACUUACUGAAGAAGGGUCAUUCAGAACCAGAAAGGAAGAUUGGUACAGGAGUUUGUGCUUUCCAAAUCCGAUUUCAUCCACAUUUCAAGAGUCGCUGUUUCUUUGUUGUUAGGGAGGACGAUACUGUGGAUGAUUUUAGUUUUAGGAAGUGUGUUGAUCAGAUACAACCCCUUCCAGCGAACAUGCAAACAAAACAACAUGCUAAUGGUGGAAAAGGGGGAGGAAGAGGAGGUGGAUAUGGACGUGGCCGUGGAAGAGGAGGGAGGUCAAGAUACUGAAACAGUUGACAGUAGAUUGCCAAUUUAUUCGUAUCAGUCUUUUUAAGUCCUGUUUAAUCCAAAUAUUGGUCAUUUAAAUACAUUAUUCCAUAAUGUUUUUGC